AUGUCUCGUUCCUUGCAGCAAGCUGAGGUGUUAAUCAGGAGCAGCUUUAACCCCAGUCUGAAGUGGUUCUUCCGGAGUCACAGUCAGGAUCAGGAAGAGAAGAACUUUGUAGUGGCUCACAACCUGGUGUCCCGCUCCUCUGAGCGCCUGCUGCGUCUGCAGCAAGCGCUUCUUUCUGUGGCGCCUCAGUGGCAGCUGGUGGGCAGUGCACAGCUGUCUCAGGCCUGUUUUAAAGGAAUGCCAGAUGAAGCUGGGGUUCUUCUCCUGCCCUCCUCAUCCUCCCUGCAGGGUAAAUACAGAGCUCAGUGGAGACUCCUGGAGCAGCGAUCCCUGCUGAUUUUUAUACACGAGUACACGAGGAGGGCUCGCCUAGCAGCCGUUUACAUAUCCAGUGUGAGCAGACUGUUGGAACAUCAUCAGCAACACCUUGCACCUCAGCAGACCCCGUCAACUUGGUCUUCAUGCAGGCUCGAUCUGGGUUCACUGAGUCAAGAACUCAGGGUUCAUCUCAAUCACUGGUCUUGCCUGUUUUCCAAAGUCCAGUCUGACCACUUCUUGAGACGUGCUGCUGGUCGACAUACCAGGCUACUGCUAAAGAUCAAGGAAUCUCUGGACUUACUUGGUCUGCAGGCUCUGGUUUUGAUGGAACACUAUGUCCAAGCAAUCCUGUCCUCUGUAUUCCAGACUGACUUGGACUCUGUACCAAAAGAAGUCUUGGAGGAUAUUUUAACAGGGACUUAUCAUUAUAACCAGGUUGUUGAUGAACAGAGAGGUCAGCACAGCGCCUCCAAGCUAAAGACUGCAGUAAUGCAGCAGGCACGUUUUUCCACAUUGGAUUCCAGUCUUCCAAGGAUCAAAAGCCAUCACCCUUCUCCUUUCUCAGUCAAAGAGUUAAUGAUGAUUUUAGCAAGCUAUCAUGCAGAAAUGGCAGCCAAGCAGCUGCACUACUGGGCUUCAGAGCCGCCCUGUUACUUCUGUCAGAUCCACAGCAACCAUGAGACUUGCACGUGUGCUCAAAACUCCACAAGUCUCAGCUGUGCGAUUUCCACAUUGAGAUCUGAGUGGACCUGGGAGCAGCUACAUUAUACAUAUCUAAUUUCCUCUCCUCUUUUAAGUCGUCCCACCCUCCAGAUCUCUUGCCAAAAUAAAAAUACAACACCUCCUGUUUACACGCCUGAUGUCCAUCUGAACAAGCCAGUCUUGGAAAAUCGUCCCUCUGUUUCAGCCAAUCCCACAGACACAGAACAUAAAGAAGAGAACUCUGAAAAAGAACAAAGAACAAAAUGCACGUCCCAUUCUGCUUUUACUCAGACCGGUGUAGAAGCUUUGGACUUGGUUCAACCUGAUCCGACACGUUUAGAAAGCGGCGCACUUCUGCAGACAGCUUCACCUUUGUUAAUGAGCUCCCAACAUCUCCGAGGCAUGCCACCGUCAAGGAUUUGCCAACUUCAGCAUUCCUCAGCAGAGCUGCUUUUUCAGGUGUUUGUUUCGUCCAGUGAUCUGCUGGCUCCACUGGUUUCACACACACCCACACCAGAGAGACUCAAUGAACAGCCGCUUCAAACCCCAGUAACAGACGUGGUAAAUGGGAAGGUUGACUCAACGAUCUUGAGCGCUCGAUUACCAAAUACACCCGAUCCAGUGGAAUUACAUAGAGAGAGCUCAAAACUGAACAAAGACCAAAACGUGGAGAGAAUUCAACAGGAAUGGGCUGAACUGGAAAUAACUGUGCCAGAUCCCACCAGCAGAUCAGAGAAGGAGGAGAUGUUUGAAGCAGACACAAAGACACUGGAGCCGGACCUUGUUUGCUGGUCUCACUCAGUCCAGUGGUUAGACCUGGGUGAGUCUCUGGUCUUUGCGGAUCUGCUUGAACAGUAUCAUACCCUGCUGAGGGCUUUCUGCAGCAGAGCCCUGUGGCUGCAACUACAAGUCCCUGUAGCAGGACACACUGCAGGAAGCCUCAACCUCCAGGAGCACCACAGGGGUUUCCAGGUCAUCCACCGGCUGUGUCAGGCUUCAGACACGGGUCAAGUUCCAAAGGAGAGUGAAGUCAUGCUGGAGGACCUGAGUCUGUGUGUGUUACUGGUUACUGCACAUGCUCAGUGGGACUAUGGUUAUAAAUGUUUGAUAAAUCAAAGAAGCUCGUUUGUGGUGACAUCAUCUGAAAAUGUGACAACGUCAGCAACAAUGGGGCGUUUCCUUCUGCUGCUGCCACCCCUCCUGUCCUCUCUGCGCUGCCAUCAGUCACACAGCGGAGCCUCAGGUCCCUUCAGCCUCUUCCCCUGUACUCUGCAGAGGCAGACUGUUAGUUUGGUGCUGGCCUCUGUGCAGCUGCCUACUGUAUGGGUGAUGUCCAAGGCACACCAGUUCCUCUCCUCCUGGAGUCUCAAUAAGUUCCUGCUUAUUACACAGGGGGACCUCACAGUGAUGAGGGAGUCAUUCGAGGCGAUGGUGCAUCAGACCAAAUCACUAGUGAUGAAUUCACACGGUGACCAGCAGUCUGCUCUACACACCCACAGCCAGCUCCUCCUGCAGCAGCAGCUGGAAACGCUGGAGCGUGCUCGGUCUGCUCUGCAGACCUUCUCUUCUGUGAUGCUGAGGACAUUCUCCAGUGACUGCAAGCAGAGGUCAGGAGAGAUCUUUGAACACACCAUGCCUCCUGCUGUACACUGGAAGCCCAGCCACAGGACAGGUUUUCCCAACAGUCCCAGUGAAUAUGCAUCUCUGGCAGCUCAAACUGUGAUUGGUCAAGUGUUAGAGGGCGUGGCUCCUCUGUCUGACGACGCACGAGUCCAAGCAUUGAGUAUAACGAUGACGGCGUUCAUGGAGGCGUGGAUGGAGCACAUCCUGAGACAGAAGAUCAAGUUCAGCGUGCAGGGCGCUCUUCAGCUGAAGCAAGACUUUGACUCUAUUAGAGAAAUGAUCCAGUCCGACCAGUAUGGUCUGUCAGCUGAGCUCCACCAGCAGCUGCUCAGCCUCCGGGUUUUUCAGCAGGUGGACUCAGCAGUGGUGUGUCUGCUCCAGCAGCCGCAGGCUAAACCGUACGUGCAGCCUCGAUCCUGGGAGCCGUUCACUCGCUGCUGUCCGGCUGACAGAAACAGGGACAGCACUGAUGCUGCUGUGGGGAGCAGCAUAGCCAACCUGAGGUGCAUGGAGGGCGAGGACCUGCCUCAGUCUGAUUCCUCAUACACGCCUACCGACCUCCCUCCAGUAGACCCAUCGACCCCCGCAGAGCCAUACCUCGCUCCAAGCCUGGUGCUGGGCGCAGCUCAGCAGGACUGGUUAGACCUGAGGAUUCAGACCAGUGCCCGUCGCUGGAGGCUGCCCUGCCUGUCCCACUCUGAACACUGAACACACACAGACACACACUUUGAUUCAGUAGCAACAUUUGAAGGAAUGUAAAUAUCAUGUAAAUACAUAAAAAUAAUGAUUUUAUUUUUGAUAAAUAGACAUGAGGGAGGCACCAUGAAGCAAGUACAACAACAAACCCCAGUCAGACACAAUGGGAAUCACAACACUGGUUAGAACUUCACGCUCACAUAUGUUUGAAAUGUGUCA